AUGAAGGGCUCCUCUGUUGCGACGGCCCUCGCGCUCGGUGCUUCCACCGCGCUGGCUGCUCCCUCUCUCGAAGCCCGUGACGACGUCACCGCCAUUACCGUGAAGGGCAAUGCCUUCUUCAAGGGUAACGACCGUUUCUACAUGCGCGGUGUCGACUACCAGCCCGGUGGUUCCUCCGACCUGGCCGACCCCAUCGCCGAUGCCGACGGCUGCAAGCGCGACAUCAAGUACUUCAAGGAGCUCGGCUUGAACACCAUCCGUGUCUACUCGGUCGACAACUCCAAAGACCACGACGAGUGUAUGAACGCCCUGGCGGAUGCUGGCAUCUACCUGGUGCUCGACGUCAACACUCCCAAGUACUCCCUGAACCGUGCCCAGCCCAAGGAGUCCUACAACGACGUCUAUCUGCAGUACAUCUUCGCUACCGUCGACAAGUUCGCCAAGUACAAGAACACCUUGGCUUUCUUCUCCGGUAACGAGGUCAUCAACGACGGUCCUUCGUCCAAGGCCGCUCCCUACAUCAAGGCCGUUACUCGUGAUCUGCGCCAAUACAUCCGUAAGCGCAACUACCGUGAGAUCCCCGUCGGAUACUCUGCUGCCGACAUCGAUACCAACCGUCUGCAGAUGGCUCAGUACAUGAACUGCGGUACCGACGACGAGCGCAGUGACUUCUUCGCCUUCAACGACUACUCCUGGUGUGACCCCUCCUCGUUCACCACCUCGGGCUGGGACCAGAAGGUCAAGAACUUCACCGGAUACGGCCUUCCCCUCUUCCUUUCCGAAUACGGCUGCAACACCAACAAGCGCAAGUUCGAGGAGGUCGCCGCCCUCUACGACGAGAAGAUGACCGGCGUCUACUCCGGUGGUCUGGUCUACGAGUACUCCCAGGAAUCUAGCAACUACGGUCUGGUCAAGGUCAGCAGCGACAGCGUCAAGACUCUUGACGACUUCGACGCCCUGAAGUCCGCCUUCGACAAGACCGAGAACCCCUCCGGCAGCGGCGGCUACAACAAGACCGGUGGUGCCAAUCCCUGCCCUGCCAAGGACUCCCCCAACUGGGACGUUGAUGACGAUGACCUUCCCGCCAUCCCCGAGCCCGCCAAGAAGUACAUGACCGAGGGUGCUGGCAAGGGUGACGGCUUCAAGGGCAAGGGUAGCCAGAACGCCGGCACUACCUCCACCGGCACCGCUAAGCCUGGCUCCGGCUCCGCUUCUUCCUCGUACGACUCCAGCUCCGACUCCAGCAGCACCUCUUCUUCCUCCGCCGGUGCCGCCGCCGGUCUGCAGAUCCCCAGCCUGACCCUGGCUCCCGUCGUCGUUGGCCUGGUCACCGUCGCCUCGACGCUGUUCGGCGCUGGCAUGGUUCUUGUCUAA